AAGAUCUAAGGACUGGUAAGCUGCACUGUAUUAAUUGUUGUAAUUGUUGUUCUUGGAUUUAGAUACAUUUUAAUUAACAAAAAACAUUAGAAGAAAAAUGUAUAUAUACCACGAUACGGGAAGUAAACAUCGGGUGCAGGGGCGGACUGACCAUUUGGAGACUCGGGCACUGCCCGAGGGCCCGGGAUGCCCCUGGUACCUUUUUCAUAGGCUUUUUUGAGUUUGGGCAAGGACACAGGGGCCCCAUGAUCCCCUAUUGCCUGGGGG